AUGAUAGGCAAAGUACAUUCUAAUAAUUCUAAUGAAGGCCAGGUGCAUAGCCAUUGGGAUGAACAUGCAGUUCAUGUGAUAACAGGCAAAGCAAAGACAAUAGGACCACCUUAUAACUGUCGUGAGAAAUGUUUUCAGAAAUUAGGUCAUGAGGCAGUGCAAAUUAUCUUUGAUUCUUACUGGUCCAUUGGUGAUUAUAAUGUCAUGACCAGUUACAUACAAGGCCAUGUUGAGCGCAUUCCAGUUGGAAAAAGGAGAAAGGGAUCUGGCUGUAAGAAGUCAUGGAGUACUAAGUACUUUCAUAGACUAAGUAACAGUAGGGUCUCAAUUGCUUUGCAAAAAAUUUCAGAUGGAGGCACCCCAGUUUGUGAUAAGAGGGUUAAGAAAGGUGACCACAAAAGUAUCAGUGGAAUAGUUCUUGAGUGUGUGCAUGAACACAUUCAGUCUUUGCCAAUGGUUACAAGCCACUAUACAAGAGCUAAGAGCCAAACACGCCAAUACUUAAGAGUCUCACUUUUCAGUUAAAGAACUCUAUAGAAUGUAGUAUACAGAUUGGAUGGUUAUCUUACAUCCAGAUGUUGAGAAAGUUAAACUGAAAUACUACUAUAAGAUACUUUCCCUUAACUACAAUUUUGGUUUUCAGCCUGUAAAAGUAGACCUUUGCAAUCUAUGUGAAAAACUUAAGAUUUGCAUCAAAGAUGGCACACAAAAUGGCAAAGAUAUCAGUAUGUAUGAAAUGGAAUUAAAUGAACAUAUGCAGAAGAAGAACAACGCUCUUGUCAUGAAUGCUGCAAAAGAGGACACAGAUGACAAUUGGCUCUGUAUUUGCAUGGACCUCCAGCAGACUAUGCCAUGCCCUCGGUUGGCAGUAAGGCUGUGUACUACAAGCGCAAAAUGUGGCUUUACAAUUUUUGUAUGCAUAACUUAAAAUCUGCAGAAUCCUAUAUGUUUGUCCGGGGAGAAAAUGUAGCUGCACAAGGUUCCAAUGAAAUAGCCAGUUGCUUGCAUAAAUGGUUAGAGCUGUAUGUGCUCAGCAAACCAAAUCCACCUAAAAACUUGAAGAUAUUUGCAGAUAACUGUGGUGGACAGAACAAAAAUAUUUUAAUGAUGUUCGCUGCCA